AUGCCUCGCAAAUCCUCGGCAAGUAAGCGCGAGCUGAAUGGCGACUCGGUUGUCGCAGAAAAUCGCCCGCAGAAGAAGGUGAAGCUGCUCGACCACACCGACGACGAGGGCUCCGAUGUAGAGACCGGCACAGGCUUCAAAGUGAACGAGGAAUAUGCACGCCGCUUCGAGCACAACCACAAGCGCGCAGAGCAGCAUAGGCUCGAAGAGAAGUAUGGCAAGGGCAGGGCCUUCCAGAAUGAAGACGAGGAUUCGGAGGACUCAGAAGAGGGUGUUGAGGAAGACGACAAUGCCGAGCUACUCAACGAAGCACUGGACGACGAGGUCAUGGCCACACUGAACGCUCUUCGCUCGAAAGAUCCCCGCAUCUACAACAAAGACGUCAAGUUCUACACCGAAGUUGAAGAGACUGGCGAGGGCGAUGACGGAGCUAAGAAAGAGGCAUCAAUGACACUGAGGCAGUUCCACACCAAGAACCUGCUGGAGGGGAGGAUACCAGGCGAAACUGAGGACGAUGCGCCGCCCAGGACAUAUGCACAGGAGCAAGAGGAGAUCAGGAAGAGCCUCGUCGAUGCUGCGGCCGACGACGGGGACGAUGACUUCCUAGUAGCCAAGCCCAAACCUGUUUCAUCGAAAAAGGAUCGCAAGAAGAUCACACAAGAAGACGUCCUCCAAGCCGAGCGAGACCCCGAGCUUUUCCUGUCGAAUUACAUGGAGUCUCGCGCAUGGAAGCCCGCCGACAAGACCAAGUUCCAGCCCCUCGAAUCCGACGACGAUGAAGAGGACGCCGCCAUCGACGAGUACGAACAUGCCUACAACACCUACUUCGAAGACACUACUGGCACCAAUGAAAAACUCACCACCUACGCCCGUGACGCUGUCGCAGCCACAACUGUUCGUCGCGAUGAAGGCAACAACAGGAAGAAGGCGCGAGAUGCUGCUAGGGCGAAACGCGAAGAGGAAAGGAAAGAGCGUGAGGGAGACCUAGCUCGUUUGCGCAAACUCAAGGUUGAGGAGAUGGAGGCCAAGGUUCAGCAGAUUCGCAAGAUUGGAGGCCUGAGCGGUCGAGAUUUCAAGAUGGACGAAUGGAAAGACGUCCUCGAGGCAGAGUGGUCCGACGACCAGUGGGAUCGAGAGAUGGAGAAGCGCUUUGGCGAAUCUUACUACAACGAGGCUGAUGCUGGAUCGGAGAGCGACGAUGCCGCAUCGAGCAAAAAGAGCAAGAAGCCCAAGAAGCCCAAGUUUGACGACGAUAUUGACAUUAAGGACUUGAUCCCCGACUUCAAGGAUGAUGACGAGGACGAGCGACCCACACUGUCCUCAGACGACGAAGAAGACGAGGAUGCCAUGGACGUAGACGCACAAGAGUCUGCCACAAAGCCGAAAUCGUCCAAGAAGCUCAAGCAAGAAAAGGCCGACGCCAAAGCCGCCGCCCGCCGCGACCGCCGCCUGAUCGAGAACCUCGUCAACGAGAACCUCAAAUACGAAACUGCGCUCGCAGCCAAACCCUCCAAAACCCCCGCCAGGUUCCGUUACCGCGAAACCUCUCCCACAACCUUCGGUCUCACGGCCCGCGAUAUCCUCCUCGCAGAUGACAAGCAGCUCAACGAGUUCGCCGGCCUCAAGAAACUCGCCUCCUUCCGCGACGCAGACAAGAAGAAAAAGGACAAGAAACACCUUAGCAAGAAAGCGCGCCUGCGGCAGUGGCGACAGGAGACCUUUGGCGAUGCCGAGGGACCCAAGGGCGGGUUUGAGACGCUGCUGGGCGAUGAGCAGCCGUCCGCACCGGUGCAGCAUAGGAAGCGCAGGGUGGAGGAGACGGAGAGCGGGAUUGUGGAAGAGGAGAAGAAGAAGAAGCGCAGGAGUCGGAAGAAGAAGAGCGCCGAGGACGAGAUUUGA